AUGGCCAAAGAUUUAUUCGCAGUCCUACGACAGAAUAACGAACUACCAAAUCUUCCAUCAUCAGAAGAAGCCGUCGUAGUAGAUGGUGGUUCUCAAAUGGAUCUUUUCUUUAGUGAAGUUGAAUGGAUUCGAAGAGAAAUUGAAAAGACUCGCAUAGAAAUAAGUCAAGUUAAAACAAAACAUGGUGAAAUUUUGUCAGCACUUCAACAAAAUCCAAAAACAAAAACACAACUAGAAGAAUUAAAUGAGAGUAUUACACGUUCAGCUAAAGAAAUUCGACUUAAGCUAAAAUCAUUGGAACAAACAAUCAGAGAACAAGAAGCUAAAGAUGCUACAUCCGCUGAUUUACGUAUUCGUAAAACUCAGCAUUUUGCAAAUAUUAAAUUAUUCAUGGAUGCUAUGACCGAUUAUAAUAAUAUUCAAAUUGAUUUUCGUGAUGCUAACAAAGCUCGUAUCAAACGACAAUUGGAAAUAGCUCAACGGUCAGUUACAGAUAAUGAACUGGAAAAUAUGCUUGAAUCUGGAAAUCCACAGAUUUUUACUCAAGGAAUUAUAACAGAUACUCAACAAGCUCGUCAAAAUCUAGCCGAUAUUGAAGCACGUCAUGAAGAUAUUAUGAAACUAGAAAAGAGUAUUCGAGAAUUACACGAUUUAUUUAUCGAUAUGGCUUCAUUGAUUGAAACACAAGGUGAACUUGUUGAUCGAAUCGAUGUCAACGUUAAACAAACACAGGAUUACGUUGCUGAGGCUCGACAGGAAACUAAAAAGGCAGUUGUAUACAAGAAAAAAUCUCGGAAAAAAAUGAUUCUAUUAAUUGCAAUCGGUGGUAGAGCAUCAUUAAUUCUUUUCAUUAUUCUAUUGUCUACAAUUAUACCAAAGAUGUAA